GCUCAAUGACGAUGCCGCUGUGGAUAAGCGGGGGCGGGGUGUUGGAGACUGUGGAAGCUUGAAUAGAUACCCUAGAGGAGAGCAAUUUGAUUAUGGAGAGAGUGAAACAAGCGCCGUCGAGGCUGGGAAACGAUGAGAAUUUAUGCCUGGCUGAUCAAAUUUGGGGAGAAAAAAACUAUUCAGAGUACCUAUUUCAAGUGCAGAGAACAUCUGCCGAAGAGAUAAUAUGGCUAUUGGAUGAACUCUGUUUAGUUAGAGCGGCCUUAGUAACCCAAUGUGAUGCUUCUGAGCUUGAGUUUUACAAGGAAAAGGUAAUAAGCUACGCAUGUGAAACCCACUGGAAAUACAAAUUUCUCACAGUAGCAAGAGUAACAAUGGAGAAAAAAUAGAAUCAAAUGAAAGACAAAAAAAGGCUGCUGUAUCAUCGCAUCAACUCGUACUAUCGCGAG